AUGAAAGCCUCGGGAUAUUUGUGGCAUCAGGACGGAAUCAUUGAAGCUGUGGCCAGAGAGUUCUUUGACAGUGAAGUAACUCUCAAAAUUCUUAAUCAAAAUGAAGAAGAGGAGCUCACUGGGAAGACAGAGCAUGUGAUUUUUUCAAUUUCACAGAAUGAAAAGGCGAAGAGUAGGCACAAAGAAAAAGCAAAUUCUGGCUGUGUAGAAAACUCUCAGGAGGAUAAAGAGAGGCUUGACAUGGCUUUUCAGAAAAGGAGGGAAGAACCUGCAGAAAAGGAAUCCCGCUGGUACAUUGUGAGAAAUAUUCUGAAAUUUGAGGAAGGAAAGUUUUUACAUAAGUUUGAACCAUUUGUCCCUGAAAGGAUUUGGGUUGAGGAGAAAACAUUCUGCUGUGCAUUUCCUUUCCAUAUAAUAUUUGAUGAAACACUUAAGAUAAAGCAGGCAGGCAUUAACCUUCAGAAAUUUGUACCAGGAUUGAAGAUACUUGGAACCAGAUUAGACAAAUAUUUUUCCAUUGUUCAUCCACAAGUUACAUUCACUAUUUUCAGCAUAUGCAAGUUUAUCAACAGCCAGUUUGUUCUCAGGACACAAAGGAAUAAGCUGCCUCAGUCACGGAAGAAACAACCUGCACUGAAGCUCAGAGGACAAAUGAUCUGGAUGGAGUCUCUCCAGUGCAUGAUGUACUUGUGCUCCCCAAAGUUACACAGUUUAGAGGAGCUGGAGGAACAGCAGAUGCACCUUUCUGAUCUUGCUCAGCAUGACACCACAAGGGACCUCAUCCUCUUCAACCAGCAACGUCUGGCAGAAAUAGAGCUAUCCAACCAGUUAGAGAGAAAGAAGGAAGAACUCAGGAUUCUGUCCAAAAAUCUGGAGGCAGAAAAGAAGAAAUCAGAAACCUUGCUGUAUACCAUGUUGCCAAAAUAUGUGGCCAAUCAGCUAAAAGAGGGCAAGAAGGUGGAAGCAGGGGAUUUUAGUUCCUGCACAAUACUUUUCAGUGAUGUGGUGACUUUUACAAACAUCUGCUCUGUCUGUGAACCUAGUCAGAUCGUAAACAUGCUUAAUUCAAUGUACUCCAAGUUUGAUAGACUAACUAGCGUCCAUGGUGCUUACAAAGUGGAAACAAUAGGUGACGCAUACAUGGUGGUAGGAGGGAUCCCAGUGCCUGUCACCAGUCAUGCUGAAAGGGUGGCUAAUUUUGCCCUGGGCAUGAGGAUUGCUGCAAAGGACGUUAUGAACCCCAUUACUGAUAAGCCUAUGCAGAUUAGAAUUGGGGUACAUACUGGACCAGUACUGGCUGGAGUGGUCAGGGAGAAAAUGCCCAGAUAUUGUUUAUUUGGUGACACUGUCAAUACAGCCUCUAGGAUGGAAAGCCAUGGGCUUCCAGACAAAAUUCAUGUCAGCCCAACAGCAUUCAAAGCUUUACCUCAACAUGUGUUUGAGAUGGUGGAAAGGGGAGAAAUAGAGGUCAAAGGUAAAGGGAAAAUGAAUGUAUUUGUGAGGCAAAACCUCUGGGUCACGGAGAAUGAAAUAAUGGGUCAAGCCGAAGUGACUUCUGAUAAGACAGAUGGCAAAGGCCUGUAG